AUGUCCCAUAAAGAAAAUGACAUUGAAAAGCAGCAGUCUGCUUCUACUGCUACUGCUUUUAACGACAAGCAGAUUGCUUCGACCUCGGAUGAUGCCACCGAUAGAAGCCAUAAUAUCCAUGGUGACAACAGCUCAUUGGAUUCUCGCUACACCUAUGAAACUGUCGACCAAGAAAAGAAUUAUUUCAAGAGAGUAUAUAACUCAUUCAAACCAAUGAACUUAGAAGAGCAAGGUAUUGAUACUUCUCAAUUAACUCCAGUCGAAAGAACCAUUAUUGCCUCUGCCAAACAUCCAUUAGCAAGAAGAUUAAAGGCCAGACAUUUACAAAUGAUUGCUAUUGGUGGUAGUAUUGGUACUGGGUUAUUCGUUGGUUCCGGGUACGCCUUGGCUAGUGGGGGUCCUGGUGCAGUAUUGAUUGGUUAUGUUAUCGUUGGGUAUGCUUUAUUGACAGUGGUUAAUGCAUUGGGUGAAUUAUCCGUGCAAUUCCCCGUCAGUGGUUCAUUUAACGCUUUCUUCUCAAGGUUCCUUGAGCCAGCAUUUGGAGGUACUUUUGGUAUUUUGUAUGCUGCCUCUUGGUGUAUCUCAUUGCCCUCAGAAUUGAUUGCAGCAGCUAUGACUAUCCAGUACUGGAACACAGAAGUCAAUCCAGCCGUUUGGGUUGCAGUUUUUUGGGUAGUAAUUGUUAGUAUCAAUCUUUUCGGUGUUAAAGGUUACGGUGAAAUGGAAUAUGCUCUUUCUAUUAUCAAAGUAUUGGCUGUCAUUGGGUUUAUCAUUCUCGGUAUUUGUAUUACAUGUGGUGUUGGUGACCAAGGCUAUAUUGGCGGCAGAUACUGGCACAACCCAGGUGCAUUUAAUCAUGGAUUAAAAGGUGUCACCUCAGUAUUCAUCUCGGCUGCAUUCUCGUUUGGUGGUAUUGAAUUGGUUGCAUUGGCUGCUAGUGAAACCGCUAACCCUAGAAUCUCAUUGCCUGCUGCAGUUAAAUCGACAUUCUGGAGAAUCUUUAUUUUCUACAUAUUGACCGCCAUCAUUAUUGGUUGUUUGGUUCCUUAUACCAAUGAAGAUUUACUUAACGGUGAAGGUAUUGCAGCUUCUCCAUUUGUUAUUGCUGUCAGUCAAGGUGGAAUCAAAGUGGUGCCACAUAUCAUGAAUGCCGUGGUGGUUAUUGCUGUUAUCUCUGUUGGUAACUCUUCAGUAUAUGGGUGUUCACGUACCUUGGCAUCAUUAGCCGUCCAGGGAUUAUUACCAAAAGUUAUUGGAUACAUCGAUCGUGGUGGUCGUCCAUUGAUCGCUAUCCUUUUCACAUCUGCCAUUGGGUUAUUAGGAUUCCUUGUCGUCAAUAAAAAUGAAGAAGAAGUUUUCACUUGGUUUUUCUCGGUCUGUUCGUUGUCGGCAUUUUUCACUUGGGGAGCAAUUAAUGUUGUUCACUUACGUUGGAGAUUUGCCUUGGCUGCACAAGGUCGUUCCACAGACGAAAUUAUUUUCAGAUCUCCCUUGGGGACAUUUGGGUCUUGGUCUGGUAUUCUUGUUUUGAUCCUUAUUGUCAUUGGUGAAGUUUGGGUGUCCAUCUGGCCUAUUGGAAGUCCUGCUGAUGUAAAGCAAUUCUGGAAAAACUGUUUAUCUUUGCCCUUGAUGAUUUUGAUGUGGGCAGGGUUCAAGACUUACCACGGCUCAUGGAAUAUGUUAUGGGUCAAAUUAGAAGACAUUGAUUUGGAUACCGGUAGAAGAGAAAUUGACGUUGAAUUAUUGAAACAAGAAUUGGCAGAAGAAAGACAAAUCAUAAGGAGUAAACCAUUUGUCUACCGUAUCUAUAAAUUUUUCUUCUAA